AUGAAUAACUUACAACAAUUCUUUAAUUGUCGAUUACUGAGAAAUGGAAAGUUAAUAAAUGAUAAUUUGUGGGUGCGCAACGGAAUAAUUGUUGAUCCAGAAAUAUUGUUCUUCGAUGAAAAAGUUAAAGCUGAUAAAAGUAUCGACUGUCAUAAUGCUAUUAUUUCUCCAGGAUAUAUUGACAUCCAAAUAAAUGGAGGGUUUGGCAUUGACUUUUCAUACAACGUUGACAAUGUCGAAGAUGGGAUCACUAAAGUCGCCAAACACUUAUUAGCCCAUGGUGUGACAUCAUUCUGUCCGACUUUAGUCACAUCUUCUCCUGAAACUUACCACAAAAUAUUGCCGAAGAUAAAAAAAUCUCCUGGUGGUACACAUGGUGCUACUGUUCUGGGUGUACAUGUUGAAGGUCCAUUUAUUAGUCCGACAAAAAAAGGUGCACACCAAGAAAUAUACAUAAAACAAUUUAAUAAAGGAUUCCAAUCAAUUGUCGACGUUUAUGGAAGUCUUCAGAAUUUCCAUCAUAGAGAUCCAGGCCUGGUAGGUCUUUUAACAUCUGACCAAAUUCCACCGUCGAAAAAGGUUUACUUUGGUAUUAUUGCCGACGGAGUUCAUACUCAUCCAGCGGCACUUCGUAUUGCUCAUAGAACCCAUCCAGAAGGUCUUAUACUUGUCACUGACGCUAUUUCUGCUCUUGGAUUGCAAGAAGGCUUGCAUCGACUUGGUCAACUUGAUAUAGAAAUAAAAUCUAAUCAAGCUUAUAUAGCCAAUACGAAUACUUUGUGUGGAAAUUGCUCAAUAGUAAAUGCCCUGGAGGCUGCAACUUUACAUCCAGCACGAGCUCUUCAAAUCCAUUCACAAAAAGGUACGCUCAAUUUUGGAGCUGAUGCAGAUUUUUUAUUGCUAAACGAUAAUCUAGAUCUCGUUUCUACUUGGAUUGCUGGGGAAUGUGUUUACACAAAAUAA